AUGAUGACGGUAGAUGCGGUUUCCGCUAAAAACUCGGAAUACGCGCAGUUGAGCGAAUUCACCAGCCUUGACGUGCCGAAAUCAGAUAUCAAACGAGAUGAUGAUACCGUAAGCGUGGCUGGCACGGUGUUCAACGAACCGUGGGAUUCGAAUGUGUGGGAGAAUCUGCUCGACUUAGCAAGCCAUGGUGAUGAGGGCCUUUCGCCAAGGUCGAGACGAUUGUCUGAUGCUAUUCAAGAGGAAGACUCGGAUUCUGACCGAACACCGGCAGGGUCGACACGAAUGCACGAGUCGGAGGAUGAAUUAGAUGAUGACAUGUGGGCAUCCAUGACUGCAUCGUCGCGACGAAUAUUGCCCUCGGAUCGAGUUACAUGCAAAGCAUGGGAGAAUGACGAUAUCAGCUUUCCACGAGCGAUAUCCCGAUAUUCGCAUCAAAUUGGUUCGCUGGACGAUUUACCGCUAUCGCUACCUGCUCUUUCGCCAAAUCUGAAUUCUGGGAGAAAAACGAGUCAAGCUGAGUCUAGCGCAGCGAUUCAGAGCUAUGUUGAGAGGCUGGCCGAAGAUGAGAGCACAGUUUUUGGUGCAACUCUAAAGCGAUUCAUAGAAUGCACUGUACAAAGCGAAGAAGCGGAUCCAAGUGUGGUUGUGCGAAAUGUUCGACAAUUCAUCAACGGCAUAAAGAACUAUCUCGUCAAACAUGGAGAGGGUGAUCUUCAUGGUCUUAUCGAUCAGGAAAGCUCUCAUCUCAAUGCGAACCAGAUCCUGAACAUUGACGCUAUACUUGAAGCUGUGCUGCAUAAAUUACUGCUAAAACGAGUGAAACCUCAUCUUUAUCAUGUAAUGGUGAAGGAUCACUCGAGGGCGGGUGGUUUGCAAGCGUUGUCCGCCAAUAUCGCCUAUGUGCGGACUCUCAACCUUGCCGAGCUCGGGUUCUCCGAUGCCGAUCAGCUGGUCACGCCUUCGGCAUCAGUAAUGGAGCAAAUCAAGAAUUGCCUGAGGAAAAUGCAACACCACUACUCGCCGUUGAAAAAGCUGGAAAAUCUUCUCAGAGCCAUCAGCAUCGUUUUGGGGAUACAGUCAAAGGAUGACGGAAAGGAGAGUCAGAAAAUCAUAGCUGCUGACGCUGUUUUAGAUUUGGUUCGAUGGUUGGUCUAUAUCUUGGCACGAUCAUCCACUGUUGGUUGUGAGGUGGAAGCGUGGUACAUGUGGGAAUUACUUCCUCAGCAGAUGAUUACUAAGGGCGAUGCUGCUUAUUAUUUGACUGCGCUCUUCUCGGCUAUCCAUAUACUGAAAAGUAUUGAUGCUAUCAAGAAGUUGGCUGAAAAGGAUGAAGACAUGGUGGCUAGCAUGGAUCUUUCUCGCCAGUUCUGUUCACCUUCACCUUCGUGCGCAUCAGAUGCUUUUGUCAAAGUGGCUAUACCGGAUGAGGUAGCGGGCUGUAUUAGAUAUGCGACAUUUCCUGGCGUACCACAGAUGACAACGGGCAAACUGUGCCGUGUGAUUGCUCAUCAACAAGGGAUUACAAAUCCUGAGGAUCAUGGGCUAUAUUUGAUAGUGAAUGGCUAUGAGUCAUGCCUUUUGCCGCACGAGUGUCCCGAUGCUAUUCGUGACAAUUUACGAGGCACCGGAAAACCGCAUCUGUUUGCCUACAAACGCCAUGACGCGAAGAUCGGCUGGCCACGUCAAGUGAUGUCCACGCCGGGUUAA